AUGUUGCGGUAAGUGGGAAAAUAAAUUGUUGUCUGUCGGGAAAAUAAUGAGCACAAUGUGCGCCGAUCGUGUCGCUGAGGUAAAAAGCAAUUUUAUUUUGUCGCGACGCAAUUUAUUUUCUCGGCGGCGGUGCGAUUUUCGAUGCGACAGGAGGCUCACUCUUUUCCCGACACACUCAUAAUGAAAGAAUCUUACAGUAGUUAACUAUUUUUUACUCAACUGGCCGAGAAAGCAUGCGAUAUGCGGAGAGCGGUCGGAGAGGCAAACACUUUUUUGGCCAAUUCCUUGCCAACUUUGAGUGGAAAAAAAUAAUUUUUUUGUAGAGACAUUACAGUAGAAAUACGCACGAAAAUUUUUAUGCCAGAAUAAGCAAAAAAAGACGCCAAUUUUUUCCAGAUUUCAUUUAAAAAAUCUCAAAUCUUCUGUAAGCCGCGAGCCAGAAGCCACUCGUAUCUCUUUUGAUAAAACUAAUCGCAUUUUUUCCCAAAGUUCAUCAAAAUCUAAACCUUGUACUUGGGCGCUACCCCGAUUUUUUAAGCUUUCUUGUCAACUUGACGCCAAUGGCAGCGUUAAAGCCAUCCAGAUUUCUCAGUCAGUCAAGCGUUGCAUUGAAAUCGGGACGUCGAGUGCUUCAACCCGACUACCCGCUAAAAACACAUCCCGGGAAGACUGUGAGCAUUGAGAUCGCCGAAUACAGUGACUUCGACGCCAUCGACAAGCUGACCCUCGAACACUUUGCUCCAUUGGAAAACUCGAGCAGAGGCGUUGGUAAGUGAACUAAUUCAGACUUCAUUUUACGUCAUGUUUCAGGCACUCCAGUCGAGGUGGUUCAGGAGCAAUUGGUCCGUCCGAUGGUCCACAACUGCCUCCAAUACCCGUACAGUACCGUCGUCAUGGACGGAGACAGGAUGAUCGCGUGCUGCAUGGUGAAUCUGGAGGUCUUCGACAAGAAUGCCGACGUUCCGCCCAAGGAAGUGAAGGAUCUUGGACCCUGUAGGUCAUCAGUUUAGUAGGUCAACAACGUUGAUAUUUUUAGUCAUGGAAAAGUGCGCAGCCGACUAUGGCGUCACCGACGAGCGCUUGAAAUACAUGAUGACUCUGUUGCACUAUGCCAUUCACAUUGUUCCCCAUUACUUGCCGGAGGAGAAUCAGGCGGUCGCGGCGCACGCUGAGAUGGGAUGUGUAGACCAGGAGUUUAACGGGUAAGAGAAAUUGGGCGAACAGGGGAAGUUGAAAAAGCGCGACGCUCAGAUUUUGAUGAAAGUUGGUACAAAUUUAAAACAAUUUUUUCUGAGGCAUAUUGCAAGUCUUCAAGCCUGCCCUUUGCAGAACGACAAUGCAUAGGCCACAUAUCAAUUCCUGAAAACCUUUGUUUCCGUUUCGCAAGGGCAGCCGAGAUAUUCAAGAUCUUUGAGGACGAUAGAUUACGCAAAACGUGUAGAGUGAAAGGACUUUUCGGUUAUAAAUUUUUCAGCUUCGUUCGGAAAAAAUUUGAUUUCUUGUAAGAACAUGACUCUCUACGGUAAAUACUGGUUUGUUUGUAUUCAAUACUCCGAGCUUGCGCUUUAGGAACGAAUAUGGUUUUUAGGUCGAAACAGAAGAGUGAUACAUUUUUGUAUAGAGGGCAAUUCUUCCACAAAAAAUAUCAUUUUUUCCCUUGUGAAACUGGCAAGGAGAUGUCCGAAAAGUGUUCCUCUCUCUGACCGUUGCACGUACUCACUUGGCCGUAAAGAUCGUUGAAUAUCUGCGAGCUAUAAUAAAACAUUCAAAAAUUGAUAUACACUGCUGGAAAAAAUGAUAUGACCACCGCAAUUUUGCGCUGGCAAUUUGUUCAUGGUAAAUGAAUUGCUUUAAUAUUUGGUGAAAGUGAGUAUGGAGCAAUGUAACAUGUACCCAAAAAGUAUCAAAGGAUUUCAAAAAGUGCAAGGUGAGUAAAAUUUGGAAAUACGCGAAACCGCCAAAAAUCGGCUGGACAAAAUGAUAUGACCACGUGGUUUAAUUCAAUCUUUUACAGGGUGUACCAAAUUCGGUGCCCGAUUUGAAUUGGCUAUAACUUCUUUAAUUUUGGGCCAAAUUUUAAAAUUCUUUUUUUCCCUGAAUCCUCAGACAACCCCAUUUUGUCUGAUACCAAAUAUGUUAUACAUAGGUAAGUGUCAUCUACAGUUAUUGGAUUUAUUCUUGGAGUUCAUUUUUUCGGUCGUUUUUCGGUUGUUUUUUCGGUCUUUCCCGGUGUGUCCGAAAAUGGAGUACGGUGCGGAAGAAAAAUACGGUGGAAUUUCCCCUCCUGAAAAUCGACGAUGAGAAUAAGAACAAAAAGUGAAGAUCAACCUCCAGAGUUCGUCGAAUCGUCCUUGGUGAAGGCAUUCCCUCGGUUCUGGCCAAACUUCGUGUACUCAUAUGCGGAUUUUCUCGGAAUUUUGACAAAACUUCUUCCAUUUUCAGCUACGUUCGUACCCAUCUUUCCUGCUUUUUUUGUUUCCUGUUAACGCUGCCAGUCUCAAGGAACCUAUUCCACCAACGCCGAAAUGUCUUGCGAUCUGGGUUGGGCCUUACGUCCGUAUUUCAUCCUGUAUUCCCUUUGAACGUUUAUCGGCGAACCGUAUUUGCCAUACCAAACCACAGACCAAGCUUUUUCUUCCACACCGUACUCCAUUUUCGGACACACCGGGAAAGGCCGAAAAAACAACCGAAAAACGACCAAAAAAAUGAACUUCAAGAAUAAAUCCAAUAACUGUAGAUGACACUUAUCUAUGUAUAACAUAUUUGGUAUCAGACAAAAUGGGGUUGUCUGAGGAUUCAGGGAAAAAAGAAUUUUAAAAUUUGGCCCAAAAUUAAAGAAGUUAUAGCCAAUUCAAAUCGGGCCACGAAUUUGGUACACCCUGUACUAAUAACCACAAUUUAACAAACAAUCCUAGUAAUGAGUGAGUCCUCCAUUGAUUACUAGGACUAUUAUGGGGACACGUUCGGCCAGGUUUAGACGGGUUUGAACGCGUUAAACCAUGUUUGAUGCAGAGUUACCCAAACUGGUGAUUAUCUUCCAUUAACGCUUUCCAAAAGUUUUAAAUGAAGUUUUUAUCAUGUGAUCUAGACGUGUAAUCACCUGUGCAAGCCUUCGCUUUUCGUACGAACUCCAUGGUGGUCUGGUAGUGUGGAUUCAGCAAACAUCCGGUUACCAUGUCCAGCUUUGGCGACCCAUUUGCUAUUUGACCCUGGGGAUAGAUGUGCUCCUUAGGUUUAAAAUGUAACCCGGAGUCUCUCUAGAAACCGGCGAAGCCAAAAAGAGUCCCCGCUGACACGAUUUCAGCUUUGCAGAUGCAACUGCACCGAUGUGCCCCUUAAACAGAAAAACCAAGUUUUUCAAAGGGAUCGUUAGCGACAAAAAACAGUUCAUUUGAUGGCCCAGGAUGCAUGAGGUGUGCUGUAGGUUCUAAAAUUACAUAGGCCAUCGUUUGAAAGCCGUUUUGCAUCUCUAAAAAUCCAUUUGAAAAACUCGGUUUUUCUGUUUAAGGGGCACAUCGGUGCAGUUGCAUCUGCAAAGCUGAAAUCGUGUCAGCGGGGACUCUUUUUGGCUUCGCCGGUUUCUAGAGAGACUCCGGGUUACAUUUUAAACCUAAGGAGCACAUCUAUCCCCAGGGUCAAAUAGCAAAUGGGUCGCCAAAGCUGGACAUGGUAACCGGAUGUUUGCUGAAUCCACACUACCAGACCACCAUGGAGUUCUACGAAAAGCGAAGGCUUGCACAGGUGAUUACACGUCUAGAUCACAUGAUAAAAACUUAAUUUAAAACUUUUGGAAAGCGUUAAUGGAAGAUAAUCACCAGUUUGGGUAACUCUGCAUCAAACAUGGUUUAACGCGUUCAAACCCGUCUAAACCUGGCCGAACGUGUCCCCAUAAUAGUCCUAGUAAUCAAUGGAGGACUCCCUCAUUACUAGGAUUGUUUGUUAAAUUGUGGUUAUUAGUAAAAGAUUGAAUUAAACCACGUGGUCAUAUUAUAUCAUUUUGUCCAGCUGAUUUUUGGCGGUUUCGCGUAUUUCCAAAUUUUACUCACCUUGCACUUUUUGAAAUCCUUUGAUACUUUUUGGGUACAUGUUACAUUGCUCCAUACUCACUUUCACCAAAUAUUAAAGCAAUUCAUUUACCAUGAACAAAUUGCCAGCGCAAAAUUGCGGUGGUCAUAUCAUUUUGUCCAGCAGUGUAUGGUCUAUACCCAACGUGUGCGCAAAAUACAAAAAAGGCCUUAGCGGCACAGUUGAGGCUCUUCUCUUAAAAUUUUACUUCUCCUCAAAAAAUGCUGUAAACUUUACAGCAAUGGUCUCCUCGGCGCCAUGAUGUACCUCAGCUGCACCGCCGUGCACAAGCAUCGAUUGGCUAAGUAUUAUUUCGGAAAUGCGAGUGCCGCUGCAACGAACAACGUCUGCACACAGCUGGGAAUGCCCCCAGUUUGGUCUGUCAAGUACAAGGACAUCAAAUUCAACGAGGAAAGCGUCUACGGCGACGGCAAAAUGAGGGACGGCGCGGAUUGUUUCACGUUGAGCUUGGGCCUCAUCGAAGAUGUGGUGAAGAGCAAUUACUGCGACAAGUAUAUUCGACAGAGUGUCUAG